AUGGGGAUGGAAGGAGGAAUGAAAUGUGAAAGCCCAUUGGCGGCAGAAUCAAAAUGGCUUGGUCUUUGUAGUCCACUAUUAAGUGAGGAGGAGGAAUUAUUGGCUGACUUAGGAAGAAGCAAAGCCAGAGUGCAGCUUGGAGCAAAGAAGUUAAAAGCAUAUUGGCAGAGAAACAGCCCUGCUGUUCCGGCAGAAGCAAAGAGGAACAGGAAAACAAAUGGCAGUAGCCCUGAGACAUCCACUUCUGCUGGUUGCCACUCACCUCGGGAUAGCCCGUGCCAAGAACAAGCAGUAGUCCUUGACUCGAGGUCCGUCAAAAUCACUCGACUGAAUAACACCAUCAAAUCUUUGGAACAACAGAAGAAACAAGUGGAACAUCAGCUGGAAGAAGAAAAGAAAGCAAACAUCGUGAAACAGAAAACUGAAAGGGAGCUAGAGGCUCAAAUCCAGAGAUUGAACAUACAGAAAAGGAAACUAACUAUAGACCUGUAUCACACGAAACGCUCUGUCAUAUACUUUGAAGAAGAGUCGAAGGAUCUGGCUGCCCACCUGCAAUGGUCAUCGCAGCGUACGGAAAAGUUAGAGCGGGCUCUGUCCGCUAUCACCACCACACAGAAGAAGAAGGCGGACAGGUCCUCGAAGCGCAGUAAAACACUUCUCAAGACGCAGUUAAAGCAGUCCUUACAGGAGCGGGCACUGCUGAAAGCGCACGUGACACAGAUGAAGGAGUCGCUGCAACAAGUCCAGCUCGAGAGAGAUGAGUAUGCUGAACAUAUAAAAGGAGAGAGGGCCCGGUGGCAGGAGAGGAUGAGGCAAAUGUCACAGGAGCUUUGGACCUUGAAGAAGGAGAAACAGCAUAAUAUGCAUCGGGUGGAGGAGCUGGAGAGGAGCUUGUCCCAAUUCAACAACCAGAUGGCCGAACCCCUGCCCCCGGAGUCCCCAGCAGUGGCCCCUGAGGAGGAGCUGCAGCACCUGAGGAAGGAACUAGAGCGAGUGUCUGCAGAGCUCCAGGCCCAGGUGAAGAACAAUCAGCACGUCAGUCUCCUGAACCAGGCACAAAAGGAGAGGCUUCGGAGGCAGGAGGAGAGACUUCAGCAGCUGGCCGAGCCACAGAGCGGCGUCGAGGAGCUGAACAACAAGAACAAGAGCGCGCUGCACUUGGAGCAGCCAGUCGAAGGGCUGCAGGAGAAGCUGCGUGAGGUGGAGACAGUAACCUCGACCCACAAGGAGCCAGAGGCAGCGGUCUCAGCCCCAGGGACUGGGGGCGAGUCUGUGAGUGGGGAGAUCCCCCGGGCCCUGCAGGAAGUCAUGGAAAAGCUGGAGCGCGGCCUUAUGGAUCUCCUGGAGGAGAAGGCGGACCUGAGGGAGCGUGUGGAGAAACUAGAACAUCAGUUCAUCCAGUACUGGAGGAAGAGAUGCCAUCAGUGA